AUGUCACGAGUUGAUACCCCACGGAGGCACGCACAACUAGUGUCGAACAAUGAUCAGGCAAACGCAGCGGACACGUGUGUCGAACACAUCACCAGGGAGAACGAUCGCGACGAAGCAAACAGCGUAUCGUGCAUAAAUUACGGAGGGACGACCUCCAUGGAGGAACGCGAGAUAUCGGAACGUCGGAGAAACAGGAUCAGGAAGCAGCCGGGCUCCAAAGCGGAGACAUUCUGCGCCAUGCAGCAGCAUAUUCUGCAUUGUCUCAUACUGUCAACGGUCCGGAGUUUUCAGCCGUGA